AUGGAGGAGUUUCUAGGAAACGUGGCUGGUUUCGGCUGGCUUCAAGGCUUCAUCUCGCAGUGGAUCAAGCUCGACAUUACCACGAUCGCCGCUGCGGUCACCAUCCUAGGCACACUCUCGGGCGUAUUCCAGUUCCUGCACUCGUUCGCCGUCAAGGUCUACUGGUACGUCACGCGGUUCUUCACAGCCUCGGUAUCGAUCAACGCGCGGGACAAGCUCAACCGGGAGGUUCUCAACUGGGUGGGCUCCCAGGUUCUCGCGCAGCAGGGCGCCCGAGUAAUUACCGCUCGUUCUUCUCAGAUCCAUUCCGACGCCUUCUUCUACUACCGCCGCACACCGCAGAUUGAGCGCAUCGACUACGAGGUCGAGAAGCGCAAGCCCAUCCAGUAUCUGCCGACCUUUGGCAGCACGUGGUUCCGCCACGACGGCAAUGUCUUCAUCGUCCGGCGCGUCUCAGGGUUGGCUUCGGGUGCGUCGGCCACCACCACCUCCUCCUCCUUCAUGGACAACGUGCCGGAUGAGUUUGCUUCUGCUCCUGAGGGCACCGAGCCGCUCGUGGUUAUGUGUCUGGGCCGUUCUGUUGAGCCUGUUAAACGGUUCCUCAGCACGUGCCAGAAAUUUGCAGAGAAACAGCGCGGCGCGUAUGUGACGAUAAGGGUCUCCAAGUCGCGGUACGAUGAUGAGUCGUGGGAGACGACAAUCUUGCGGCCGAUCCGCCCGAUCGAGACGAUUCAUUUUGACGAGGAGACCAAGGCCAGCCUGGUUGCUGAUAUUAAGUCUUACCUGGACCCUGUCACACGAAAGUUUUAUACCGAUCGUGGCAUUCCGUACCGGAGAGGCUAUUUACUGCACGGCCCAGCCGGCACCGGAAAGACAAGCCUCUCAAUGGCCCUGGCUGGCCUUUUUGGCCUUGAGCUUUACCUCCUCCACCUCCCCAGCGUGAGAGGAGAUUAUGAGCUCGAGAAGCUCUUUACCGCUCUGCCCCCACGGUGCUUCAUUCUCCUAGAGGAUAUCGACGCAGUCGGCAUCAAGAACCGUGGCAGCUUCUUCAGGCGUGCAAAUGACGCGCACCAAAGCCCCGAGGACGACAACGACGAAGAAGAAGACGAUGUGGAGGAUGACGACAGCUCGAAGCUGGGAAUCCGCAGCUCUCUCUCCCUGUCAGGGCUGCUCAACGUCCUGGACGGCGUCGCCUCGCAGGAAGGCCGGAUCGUGUUGAUGACGUCCAAUUUUGCAGAGCGUCUGGACCGCGCCCUCGUUCGUCCGGGCCGUAUCGACAGGAUGAUUUUUCUCGGCAACAUCUCGCAGAGGUCUGCAGAGUUGAUGUUCAUGCGCAUGUACGACGGGGAUUCUUUGCUCGCCACGUCUCAUGAUGAUACCCAGGCGGCGAGGGUGAGCGUGGCUGGAGAGGAGGAGCUGAAAAAACUGGCGCUGCAGUUCGGCAGAUAUGUCAAAGCUGAUACUUUUACACCUGCGCAGUUGCAGGGCUACCUGCUGAACCACUGCAAUGACCCCCGAGGGGCCGUGGAAGGGCUUGACAAGUGGAUGGCUGAGGAGGAGGCCUGCAUGGAGGAAAACAAGAAGCGCCUUCAGGAGGCUGCUCGAGCGAGAAGGAAGAGGAAGGAGAAGCAGCUGAGACUGCUGCUGUGGUGGCUCUUCCGACCAAGUUGA